ACAGCCUGCGUGGGCUCGCUGCAUUGAAUAAAGCAGGUCCGCAAUGUCUCCUGGUGGUGUACGUAAACAUUGCAUCGAAUUUGACGACAAUUGGUGGAAGACAACAUUUUUAGUUUUGAUAAUAGUCUCAUUUCUUUCAACAAGAUUUAAAAUGUCGAUUCUUCAACCACUUGAAGAUUUGUCGGCUAAUAUCGUCACACUUGUUUUCAAUAUUUAUAAUUUUGAACAUCUCGAUGGUUCCUACACGUCUGACUUGAAAGAGCAUAAUGGGAUUUACUGGUGUGUCCGAAUUCAAUCAAACAAAGCGGCAAAAAGUCAAAAGCGCCGUGUCAGCAUUUACCUCGUUUGUAAUCCGAAUAAUUCAAGUCCCGACUGGUCUGUCACAACCUCAUUUGGAUUCCGAAUUAUCAACUCUUGGGGGAAAUCAAGAAAUAAGAUUUCCACGCUUUUCAAUCACACAUUCACAUCCAACGAAACAUCAAAGGGAACAAGUGGAUACUGUACAUGGGAUGAAUUGACGGCCGCUAAUUCUGGAUUUUUGGUAGAGGGAAGAUUUCAAAUUGAAUUUGAUUUGAAUGUAAACUCGUCGACUGGAAUUAGAAAAGAGAAGAUAAGCAAGGAAAAGUAUGAGAAAUAUAUUGCCGAUGGGGAGCUUAUCACUGAUGGAAAAACUGUCAAAGUCUGUCUUGCUCUUCUUGCUGAUAACUCACCAAUUCUCUACAAUCUUUUCUACGUCGAAAAACCUGGACAGACAACUUUUCAUAUUUUUGAUUUCACCUAUGAAGCAAUUCUUGGAAUGGUUUCGAUUCUUCAGUUGGACUCAUUCGAAGUUUCCGUAUACAACUACAGGGACCUUCUCGAACUCGGACAGCGUUAUCAAAUUCCUUCAGUCACUGAUAAGUGUGAGGAAUUUCUGUUAAAAACGCGAUACGUGUCAAUUGAAACAAAGCUGAAGCUGUCGGAAAUCUUCGAGUUACACUACUUACAGUUCCGAACUUUGGAACGUGUGACCUGCAUUCACCAUAUUGACAAUAUUCUUGAUGACCAUAUGGACAUCGGAGAAAAAACCUACGAUGCCCUACUGGAAAAAAUGAAACAUUUGAAAACUCAAGAAGAUGGACAGUUAUGCUCGUGCAAAAGAAAUCAUGUUAGAUGAUUAUCUAAUUUGUGAUUAAUGGAAACUUUGAAAUGUUGAUAUCUUGCUUUAUUUUUUAAACACAUGAUACUCAUUAUAUAUUUCUCGACUUAUUAUCAAAUUCUCUAAUUUACAGAAUAUUAUCAGUGAAGCUAUAAAAAUUCAUCCCGAUCCAUAUUUUAUGAUUAUUUACAAUUAAUGUAUCAACGAUAAACUUUAAAAUGUUCUU